AUGGCCUACGAAAAAUCAAUCGAUAUCUUUGAAAUCGCCAGGUCAAUGUUCAAGUACCCAUGGCUGGAAUAUCCAUACAGGACCAAAGAACUCAAAAAGGCCUCGAUAUCUGUUUACCUCCCCUUGUCCUGUCACCAGAAACCAAAGGAAGAGUUCCCCCCAAGUCCAGAGUGCUGGAGGCAGCACCCAGCCAAACCAAACUCAGCACCAUACUGCUACUUUGAGACGCCUGAGAUGUACACGCACUGGCACAUCCUGUAUGAUCAUCAACAGAAACGGGAGGCCCAGAAAACAUUGCAGAGAAUGAGCGCUCAACUUAGAUACCACUUCAAAGAGGGUACUGACAUCCAAAAAGUCCAUCUCCCCAUGAACAAGUUGACUACAAAAUAUCAAAAAGAACACAAGGCUUUACACCCUACUGAGGACUCCUUGAAGUGGCAAAGAUUAAAGGAACUCACAAAAAGCCUGAAAUCUCCCAGAGAGGAUGAGCAGUUCUAUGCAACACAGGCUCUGGGGUGCCUGGGCAUCAGUGACGAGUCUGUCAUAGAGGCACUACUGCAGGUGGUUGAAACUGGUCCAGAGAGAGUGAAGUAUGAGGCUUAUAGAACCCUGGCCAUCCUGGGUUGCCUGAAUAAGGAUGUGAUCCAGGCUCUCAUCAAGCAGUUGAAGGAGCCAAAUGAGGAGCAAAGGAUGGAUACUCUGAGGGGACUACGAGUAGCUCUGAAUUCCUGGACUGCUAUCCCCAAUGACAAGAGGACUCAAAUCGGGGAUGAAGGGAUGCUGGCAUCUGUGCUGCAGAUGCUGAUACAGAAGUCAAAGAAUGAAGCAGCCAUGGAGGCAGCCCUGUGUUUGGGUUUCCUGAGACCCUGCAGCAACACAGCCCGAGGAUUCUUGCUGCAGUGCCUAUGCCACGGGCUUAUGUCCCAGAGGAUGAAGGCACUUAGGAUGCUGGUCAAGAUGAUGCGUGUUCACUCAGCCGAGGUCAUCAGGGCCGUCCUAGACCAGCUGUGCUAUUCUUGUGUCCUUGAGCAUCGCUUUGAGGCGACCCAGAUGCUCAAGACCAUUGGGCUGGAACAGAUCCAGGCACAGGGACUGGAAGCACUCACAUUUGACCUACUCAGGAGGAAGAUAUUUAAUGAACCCUUCCUCGCUAUGAGGCAGGCUGUGGCUGAAAUUGUGGACGAGUUCAAGAUGAAGCCCAUGAUGAUGAACUUGGUGGAGGGGCAACUAAUGAGCCCACAAGCUGCUUCACGCCAGGAAGCAGUCAUCUCUUUGGGUGUCCUGGGGAUCCGCAGCCCACCAGUGUUCCACUUGCUCCUGGACAUGCUAGACACAGAAAAAAGCCAGUCUAUAAAGAAGAGUCUACAAGAAACACUCACUGUUUUGGCCUCAAUUGAUCCCUGGAUCAAAAACAAGCUGAAAAACAAGGUUUUCUUUGUAUCUGAGUCACCUCUGACCAAUGAGAAGGAAGAGCCUACAAGGUUCAGAAAAGAGAAUGAGAACCUAGAAGAGUUAAAUAUCCAAGACUUUCGACUUGCACAGCUGAGCCCCUUGUUUGUUGCAAAGGCCAGUGCCUCACCAGACCAACAGGAAAAGUUGAGGGCCCAGAAAAGGUCUCCCUGUUACCUCACCCCUGCCUUCCCUCCCCGUUUCCCUAAACCACGAAAACACAAGUCACAGGCCACAGGGCCUUGGACACCAGAAAUCAGGAAACAGCUUCAGAUCCUUGCCAAAACCUCCAAAUAGGUCACUUCCUGAGGAUGCUUCUCAGGCUCCCCUGAGAAAAUGUCUAUACUUAUCCUCGAUGAAUAAAUGAAUGUCAUUUCUACCUAUGCUGUUCCCUUCAUCAGAGGCUUCACUGAAACACAGGUCUCCUCACUCUGGGUUGAAGGGACAUGGAGGACAGAACCAAAGCUAUUCUGGAUGACCGGCCUGCCUCCCUAAACCAAGCCCUUGUCUAUAACCAGAACUUAAUAACAAAGCUAGAGAGCUGAGCUUCUGCUUCCAGUGUGGGGCAGGGGGGAAGGGCUGCUGAAGGGAAAAUAGGAGAAAAUCCUGUAAGCAUAAGUCCUGGACCAUUUCCUCUUACUAACUUACCUCCCCCCAACCCCCCACCAUUCUCUCAGUGGAAAUAAUUAGGCUGUAGUAAGACCAACCACACUCUCUGCUCUCUCUUCUCCUAUGUCUACUUUCUACCCACCUCGGGGCCAUUUCUUUGACAGGCCCUAUUUAUUCUCCCAAACUACUUUAGUUCCUCGUUUACUGAAGGUUUCAGUUUCUCUUUGCCAGUAGGACCUGCCACACCAAUCCCUACAAACUAUGUCCAUCUUUAAGAAAAGAAAAAAAAGUCUUUACUUUGGAAUCAGAUCAUCUGAAAUUCAGGGACCAUUUACUUGAUCACAGACUUCAUCAUUUUGGAGUGAAGCUCAGACAUCCUUGUUUUAAAAAACUUGCUAAUUCCAGUAUACAGCUGGGAUAAAGAACCACUAUUAUAAACAGCCUUAUUUUAAUCCUAUCCACUUUCAUCUUAAUGACUCUCAAAUCUGCAUCUGUAAUAGAUUCAUUUGGUCAAUAUUCACGAAGUCCCAAAGCUGUGCCUCAAACUGUUCUAGGCACUGGGUAGAACAGUGGACAACAGACAAGGUUUCCUACUCUCCUGGAGAUCAUAUUCUAAUCGAGA